CACGCCGACAAUGGUAACCACGGCGGGGCGCACGCCGUUCGAGUCGCCGACGUUUGACCAGAACGUGUCCAUCGCCGUUGACGAUGACAUUGGCGCCGCCUCCAUCUCGCCCUCGGGCAGAGAUGUUGUCCUGGCGAGCAAGAGCGGGUUGCGCAUCAUCGACCUCGACAGCCCCUACAGCAUGCCCCUCUUCAUCCCCAACCAGUCCUCCUGGGACGUGGCUGAUGUGCAGUGGUCGCCCUUUGCCUGUCGCGCCGAGUGGAUCGCCUCGACGCGCAACCAGCUUGCCCUCGUCUACAAUCUCUCCAUGCCCUUCAACAGCAAAAAGGCGCCCAUUGAGUACACGCUUCGCGCCCAUGACCGCGCAAUCACUGACAUCAACUUCUCUGCCCAUCACCCUGAACUGCUAGCAACCUGCGGAGUCGACAGCUUUGUCUUUGUGCAUGACUUGCGCUCAACCCGGGCUCCCCUGAAGCUCGCUGAUUUCACGGCAGGCGCGACUCAAGUGAAGUGGAAUCGUCAGAACGACAAGAUUAUUGCGAGUGCACAUGACAAGUAUCUCCAUAUUUGGGAUAUCCGUCGUGGAGCUACUCCGCUUGCUACCAUUGCAGCCCAUAGCACCAAGAUCUAUGGUAUCGAUUGGAAUCGUUCUGAUCCGAGAAAGAUCAUGACUUGCUCACUCGACUCUACCAUCAAGCUUUGGAGCAACGUUGGUCUGAUAGCCAACACCAACAAACCGCGACGUGUAAUUCGCACUCACUAUCCAGUGUGGAGGGCGCGUCACACACCCUUCCCACAUGGCAUCUUUGCCAUGCCCCAGCGUGGUAACUCGAGCCUAUGGCUCUAUAAACAUGUCACUGAUAGCCCUGCCGCCAGCUUUACUAAAGAUCCCGUCCACGAGUUUCGGGCUCAUGAUCCAAAUGCCCAAGUUCGAGAGUUUCUAUGGCGCUCACGUGGCCCUACCGACAAUAAUAUCGAUGAUCGCGAUUUUCAGCUAGUCUCCUGGGGCACAGAUAAGCAUCUACACCUCCACCGCAUUACCCCAGACCUUCUUGAGAAAUCCGUCGGCUUUCGGAAGGGAGAACCACUGACGGAGGAACCAAGUACAACCCGCAUGGGGGCUGCCUAUGUUACAUAUCGGGAUGGACCUGUACCAUUGGACGCUACCACUAGGGACAAACAUGAACCCAUUCGUCAUCAGCUACGAGGAAACCUCUCGACUCUGCUACAAAAUCACUCGCACGUUGAUGAAAUGUAUACUUCGCGUUGGAGGAGUCAAGCUCAGCCUGCAGGUCACCUUGAGACGCUUCCUCGUGAAACAAUGACUGCCACUCCUAUACGCCGCAACAACCCACGAGUAGUCACUCAUAUCACUUGGAUGGACGGUGUCAAAUUUGGAGAUCGACACGAUGACCACAUCGAUGACUUCCACGUCCGACCCGAACACGAUGAUCGCAAAGACAAGUACCCUUAUCAGGAACAGAACGACCUGGGUGCUGAGAUUUCAUUUGUCGGAAACAAGUACAAGAAGCUCACUUUCGAAGUCAUCGAUGUCCCAGGACGCCGCAUUACCGUUGCUUUCAAUGGCCCAUGGGGCGACAUCGACCCAGCUACUGAAGACCACAAGUUGGUCUUCCUUCGAUUUACGAUCACAUUCCCCGCUCAAUAUCCGAAGAUUGUCGAGACUGUACAGCCGGGCAUUGGCACUGCCAGGACACGAACCCCGCUAGACAUCGAAUUCGAAAGAACAACAGCUGCGAUUAGUAAAGACAAGCAGGAAGAACUAAUGGACGACUUGGACAUCAUUGCCGAAGCGUGUGCAGGGCAGCAACGCGAGGCUUUGGAAGCCGUCCUUUCAUAUGCUCUUGGAGAACGCGGGCUACAAGACAGUCUUCAACUUACGGAUGAGAUUCAGUUGCCUGAGGACAUAGGGCCGUUACCUGUCGGAGAGAGCUCAAGUGACGAUGAUGAAAAUGAGGGCGAGUUUACUGAUGAUGUAAUGCAAUCAUCCCAUACAAAUGCAAAUGUUCCUCUUGCCAUCCAGUGCUCUGUAAGAUUCUCGGCUCAUGGACCCCUCGUAGUCGCCAGAAUCCCGUCCAAGAAGCCCAUGCCAUUGUUCGACGCUAGUCCUUUCCGGAUAACCAGGAGUCUCCGGCACGGACCUUCGAAAGAUGAUAUCUUCAAUUCCUUUGGUCAUUUCGCCACUCAUCGCGUCGACGAUUCCAACAAGGCUUCGUCUCCAACAUCAUCUAAUGCCUCAUGGGAACAAUCGACGUCUUCCUCGUCGUCUUCUGGCUCCGAUCAUGCCGCCGACACACAUAUAGGCAAUUUUCAACCUCCUCUGGCUUGGCAGAAAACAGCGUCACGGCUACAAGGGCGGGGCUCUGUUCCUUCUUCUAUUGGAGCAGGAAGACCAACCCCUAAAACUAAGUCCAUUGUCUCUAUUCUUUCCUCGGCGAUUGAUGACUUUGUCCCCACCAAACGAGUACUUGCGGAAGAAUACCGGAUCUUUGGCCCUGGACCGGAAGUGUGUGGUCACAACUCUGACGUGGCCAAGAAAUACGGAUAUAAGGAUCUAGCGGAUAUCUGGAUGCUUUGUAAACUUGUUCUGUGCAACGAAGUGCCAUUGGAGAUAUUACCCCAGCCCCACCGGAAGGAUCAAGUCCUAGUGCUUGCCCGGAGGGCUCUCGUAAGAAUCAAACGCAAAGACAGUGGCCUAGAUCUGCAGUUUGACGAAGCUGACAAUGUAACCAACCCUAAGUUUACGGGAAGGAUUAAGUGGGGGAACCAUGCCGUUGUGACCUGGUUAAUACCGGCAUUGUUCGACCACUUCGAACGACUCGCCGACACCCAGAUGCUCGCUAUGCUUUCUUGUAUCUUUGCGGAACCUGCUGCUCGCGAAGGCAUAACGUCAGCUAAGGCGAGGAUCAGACAAUCCCAGCUUCCAAUGUCCAUGGAGGCGCCUGCAUUCUCGUUAGACUAUUUCUCUUCUGCUGAUGCUGCAUGGAGUUUAUUCAAGCCUGCUGCGUCCAGUCCAUCUACUCCUAUGCAUUCGCGCCAUGCAACACCAAAUCAUGAAUUUGGAUGGCAAGGUUUGGUCAAGAGCUUGGACACGUACGGAAGCCACAACAGUUCAAACGGGCCAUGGGGAAGCGAUGGGCAGCCUUCUGGACCAGUAACGCCGUAUUCUAUCGAUAACACACCACCAAUGCUGUCAAGAGCGUCAACAACAAGAAGUUCCCACACCGUGGGUCACACACCUUAUUCAACGUCCCCCGAACAAAGUCAUAUAGCCCUGAAGAGAAGUUCGACUGCAAACUUUGCGAACGCCGUCGCCGCGUUGUCACGGCCAUUUGCCAAUGCAAUGUCUUCGUCCCCACCUGUGAGACCACGUACAGACACAGGUGAUCUAUCGACAUCGGCGCCUACCAGUGUUGUCACAUGGGGAAGAACCACCUUCUAUGGAGGUGGAUCUCAGGAUAAGGCCAACCUGGCGACUCCGCGGAGUAGACAUGACAAGCGAGCUAGUUUCGGACAGUCGGACCAGAUCAAUGUUGAUAACAUAUACGACUCUGAUUCUGAAUACGACCAAAACAACGACGAUCCUAACUUGAGUUUCAAUGGUCUUUCCAAUUACCCUGAUCCUUUGGCCUCUAGAGAUAGGGAUGGCGUGGACGGUGUGGAGAAGAUUGGAAUCACUCUCAAAAACCAAGACCAGUUCGAUGACGAAGCAUGUGUGAGCAAGCCACUACUAAACAUGAGUAAGGAUUGGCUUUAUCGUGCUUGGAGGGAACAAUAUGCAGACAUACUUGGGUCGUGGGGUUUGAUCAGCGCGAGAGCAGAGAUACUAAAGUUCAAUGGCUUGGUCUCAUAUUUCCCGCCUGCGGAACACAGAGCUAGGUCUAAGGUUGGAUCAAUGUGUCUUGCGCUAGAUAAAGGUGCGGAGGAAGACUCCGAACAAGGAUCGUCGCGACAUCCUUCGAAGACGUCAACAUUGUUGGCGCCUCCAUCGGCUACGCCGGGGCAAUGGAAGCGUUCGCCUGUUGCUUCGCCGAGACACUUUUCCUUCAACCCAGAGGCGACCGAGUUCCAGCCCGGCACGCCGUCCCUGAUGCCAACGGACGAAACCACAAUCGGCAAUUUCAUGACUCCUGAACAAUAUUUGCGUUUGUCCAUACCCGCACCCACUCCAACAAACGAACGCGAAGAAAACAUCACUAGGCUUGGGGCAUAUCCAGUCCAAACCCGACUCCUCUAUCCGCACAACAAAGCUGCAAGCAGACCCAGCCUCUCACGAGACACAUCUAAUAUUUCCGUACCUUCGAUAUGGGGAGGUGCACUCUCACCACCCCAAAACAAAGCGUCAACAACAACGAAAACCGCCUCGCAAGAGCCCAUCUACAGCUGCAGCAUCUGUUGGAUUCGCGUCAAAGGUCGUUUCUACCUCUGCCCCGCCUGCGGGCAUGUCGCGCACUUCAAUUGUAUGGAUGAUGAGCUUGAGAUAGGCGAGGACGAGUGUGUGGUCGGAUGUGGAUGUGGCUGCGGAUUAGAAGACGAUGACGAGAGGAGUCGUAUGGAAGUAUAUAUUGAAGGCGUACGGGCAGCUAAUGCUGCUGGGGUGGCUUGGCAGGAAGGAAGUGGUUGGCAGAUGGUGGAACACACAAUGAACGAACAUGUGAAACCAGAGCUCAUGGAGAGUGAGACAUCGGCCCGUGGAAGAAUGGACAAGGACAGUAAUGCGCAAGAAAGAAAAAGAAGAGAAAGGUUGAACGGGCGAAGCGUAGCAAAUACAAGUCCUGGUUCGAGCACGAAAGCAAAGAGAAAAGAGAAGGGAAAGGAAAAGAAAAAAGUAAAAGUCUCAGGGUUAAGCUACUACUAAU